UGCGGAGAGAUGACCGCGCAGUACAGCACGGAGACGAAGCCCGUGCCCCCUGCAGGUGCGCAUCGGCGGCGAGUGCAACCCCGCGGCGAAGAAUCCUCAACGACCCGCAUCUGGUGGGCGCGCACGGCACGCAACUUCGACUUCAACGGCCGCCCCGACAAGGCCUUCUGCCUGCUCACCGACCGCGACCUCCACGUGAACAUGCUCUCCGCGUUACUACGACGAGAGGACCGACAACGCGGCGCUGGUCGUCGACGGCAAGGCAGUGCACACGUGGAUCAAGGAGCUCGGCAUCGUGUGGACUGCCGGCGGCGUGGACCACAAGAUUCGGCUGGCGCGCGCGGCGGCAAGCAGCAGAGCGCGGCGAGGGAUUCAUGAAGAGCAUCGAGAUCGACGGCGAGGAGAUCCCUCGCAUGCAGGUCGCGACAGCGUUACCGGCGCCCGGGGCUCAAGGUCGAAUUCCGCGGGCUCGAGAAGGAGGGACCGUUCGAUGUCGAUUACUACCUGCUCACGAUCGACGGCCUGGUUUCGCUCGACCUCCGCCUGCGCGUGGCUCACCCCAAGCUGCAAACCCGACCGACGCCGAGGCGCACAUCAAUGUGGAAUUGCCGGAGCUGGAGCACACGGAGGAGAUCACGGCGUGCUCGGACAGACGUAUCGCGCGGAUCACCGCAGCGCGCCGCGGACUUCCAGGCCUGAUCGCGAGCCUGCACCGUCCGAUCUCCGCCGAGGCGCGGAGGGCAAGGGCUUCCUUGAUGGCACACCCAGGUCGUACGAGGCGAGCGACGUGCUCGCUGUGGAUUGCGCUUAUACCGCGUACGGCCGCGCCAGACAAGUCAUGCCCGUGCACCGUAAGUGCUGGUUCGGUGCUGCAUGUACUGUACAGUGGCUGAAUGUAUACAUAGGUAGCAUACAUCCAUAGGACUAAUACUAUGGGCUGAUUCUCCUAAUGUAUUGGAUUUAUUUCUGCCAAACCACUCUUCAUACGGUUUUGAUCUUAAUACUAAGCAGCAAGUGGUGCUGUAGCAGAGAGAUGGGCGCGGUUGGAAUACAGCCACAGAAGCAGCUUGAAAUGGAGAUACAGGCACGAGUACCAACAGGUUGCUGUGCUUCAACGAAGCCUGCAUAGCGUGACAGCAGAACCUUCUCCCACUCGCUUGCCUGCAGAAUCAGCUGCUGCUAGCGAACAUGCAACAGGGGCGGUAGCGGCUGGGUUGGUGGGGCAAUGGGGUGAGCAGAACCAUGAGCAAGAAGCCGUCCCUCUGCCCGCGAGCUCCAGCUGCAUUCCUCCAGUUUUUGCCGCUGUCAUCCCAGUAAUGGUCACUGGCGUCGUUGUCAUUGCUAAUGCCUUACCCUCAACAUUGCUUACAAUCUGAAUUUACUCCUCCAUUCAUCCACCCCGCCCCCAUCAUUUCACGCCCAUAACUUCUCAUCUUCUCACCUCCAUUCGUCUCACCUUCUCUCCCCCAUUUCUGCUACUUUUGCUCAUCUUUUGACAGUCUGGGUCGGCCAUUCUGUCACUUGUGUCCUCCCUGCUUCAUGUUGUGCUCUUGCCAUUUAUUCCAACUCGUUCAAGUGCUCCUCGUUUCCCCCUCUUUCUGCCUCCCAUCCCCUCCACUGCUUUGACACCAUGCAUCUCACUGUCAGCUACAAUGAUCCCAACAACUUCCUCUCACACUUGUCUGAAUCACCAUCACCCACUCUGAUGCCUGAAUCACCAUGACCCACUCUCAUGCCUGAAUCAUGUUGCCCUGCGUGUGGUUUGUGCCUGCCUGCCAAGUCAGCUUCCCAAGGCUUAUUCCCAAGUCAGAUUCCCAAGUCAAAUCCCCAGGUCAGAUUCCCAAGUCAUAAUCUCGAGUCAGAUCCCCAGGUCAGAUUCCCAGGUCAGAUUCCCUCCCAGGUCAGAUUCCAAGUCAGAUUCCAGACAGAUUCCCAAGUCAUAUUCCCCAGUCAGAUUCUCAAGUCGGAUCCCCAGGUCAGAUUCCCAGGUCACAUUCGCAGGUCAGAUUCCCAGGUCAGAUUCCCAGGUCAGAUUCCAAGUCAGAUACCAGACAGAUUCCCAAGUCAUAUUCCCAAGUCAGAUUCCCAAGUCAGAUCUCCAGGUUAGAUUCCCGAGUCAUAAUCUCGAGCCAGAUCCCCAGGUCAGAUUCCCAGGUCAGAUUCCCAUGUCAGAUUCCCAGGUCAGAUUCCCAGGUCAGAUUCCCAGGUCAGAUUCGAAGUCACAUUCCAGUCUGAUUCCCAAGUCCUAUUCCGUCAGAUCCCCAAGUCAUAAUCUCGAGGCAGAUCACCAGGUCAGAUUCCCAGGUCAGAUUCCCAUGUCAUUUUUGCAGGUCAGAUUCCCAGGUAAGAUGCCCGGGUCAGAUUCCCAGGUCAGAUUCCGAGUCAGAUUCCAGUCAGAUUCCCAAGUCAUAUCCCCAGGUUAGAUUCCCAAGUCAUAAUCUCGAGUCAGAUCACCAGGUCAGAUUCCCAGGUCAGAUUCCCAUGUCAGAUUCCCAGGUCAGAUUCCCAGGUCAGAUUCCCACGUCAGAUUCCAAGUCAGAUUCCCAAGUCAGAUUCCCAAGUCUUAUUCCCAAGUCUUAUUCCCAAGUCUUAUUCCCAAGUCAUAAUCUCGAGUCAGAUCUCCAGGGCAGAUUCCCAUGUCACAUUCCCAUGUCACAUUUGCAGGUCAGAUUCCCAGGUCAGAUGCCCGGGUCAGAUUCCCAGGUCAGAUUCCACUCAGAUUCCCAAGUCCUAUUCCCAGGUCAGAUUCCCAAGUCAGAUUCCCAGGUCAUAUUCCCAGGUCAAAUUCCCAGGUCAGAUUCCAAGUCCGAUUCCCAAGCCCAAUUCCCAAGUCAGAUCCCCAAGUCAGAUUCGCAAGUCAGAUCCCCAGGUCAGAGUCCCAGGUCAGAUUCCCAGGUCAGAUUCCCACAUCAGAUUCCAAGUCAAAUUCCAGUCAGAUUCCAAGUCAGAUUCCAGUCAGAUUCCCAAGUCGUUCCCAAGUCAGAUUCCCAAGUCAUAUCCCCAGAUUAGAUUCCCAAGUCAUAAUCUCGAGUCACAUCCCCAGGUCAGAUUCCCAGGUCAGAUUCCGAGGUCACAUUUUCAAGUCAGAUUCCCAGGUCAGAUUCCCAGGUCACAUUCCCAGGUCAGACUCCCAGGUCAGAUUCCCAGGUCAGAUUCUCAGGUCAGAUUCCCAGGUUGGAUUCCGAGUCAGUUUCCCAAGUCAGAUCCCCAUGUCCCAUUCCCAUGUCAGAUUCCCAGGUCAGAUUCCCAAGUCAGAUUCCCAGGUGAGAUUCCAGAUCAGAUUCCCAGGUCAGAUUCCCAGGUCGGAUUCCGAGUCAGUUUCCCAAGUCUGAUCCCUUGGUCCGAUUCUCAUGUCAGAUUCCCAGCUCAGAUUCCCAUGACAGAUUCCCAGGUCAGAUUCCAAGUCAGAUUCCAGACAGAUUCCCAAGUCAUAUUCCCCAGUCAGAUUCUCAAGUCGGAUCCCCAGGUCAGAUUCCCAGGUCACAUUCGCAGGUCAGAUUCCCAGGUCAGAUUCCCAGGUCAGAUUCCAAGUCAGAUACCAGACAGAUUCCCAAGUCAUAUUCCCAAGUCAGAUUCCCAAGUCAGAUCUCCAGGUCAGACUCCCGGGUCAGAUUCCCAGGUCAGAUUCCCAGGUCGGAUUCCAAGUAAGUUUCCGAAGUCAGAUCCCCAGGUCAAAUCCCAAGUCAUAAUCUUGAGUCAGAUCCCCAGAUCAAAUUCCCAGGUCAGAUUCCAAGUCAGAUUCCAGUCAGAUUCCCAAGUCAGAUUCCCAAGCCAGAUUCCCAAGUCAGAAUCCCAAGUCAGAUUCCCAGGUCAGAUUCCUAGGUCACAUUCCCAGGUCAGACUCCCUGGUCAGAUUCCUAGGUCCGCUUCCCAUGUCAGAUUCCCAUGUCACAUUCCCAGGUCAGAUUCCCAGGUCACUUCCUAGGUCACAUCCCCAGGUCAGAUUCCCAGGUCAUUUUCCCAGGUCACAUUCCCAGGUCACAUUCCCAGGUCAGAUUCCCAGGUCAGAUUCCCAGGUCACUUUCCCAGGUCACAUUCCCAAGUCAGAUCCCCAAGUCAGAUUCCCAGGUCAGAUUCCACGUCAGAUUCCCAAGUCAGAUCCCCAGGUCAGAUUCCCGUGUCACAUUCCCAGGUCACAUUCCCAGGUCAGAUUCCCAGGUCAGAUUCCCAUGUCACAUUCCCAGGUCAGAUUCCCAGGUCAGAUUCCCAGGUCAGAUUCCAAGUCAAUUUCCAGUCAGCUUUCCAAGUCAGAUCCCCAGGUCAGAUUCCCAAGUCAUAAUCUCGAGUCAGAUCCCCAGGUCAGAUUCCCAGGUCACAUUCCCAUGUCAGAUUCCCAGGUCAGAUUCCCAGGUCAGAUUCCCAGGUCAGAUUCGAAGUCCGAUUCCCAAGCCCGAUUUCCAAGUCAGGUCCCCAGGUCAGUUCCCAAGUCAUUAUCGCGAGUCAGAUCCCCAAGCCAGGUCAGAUUGCCAGGUCAGAUUCCCAGGUCAGACUCCCAGGUCAGAUUCCCAAGUCAGAUUCCCAGGUCAGAUUCCCAGGUCAGAUUCCGAGGUCAGAUUCUUAGGUCAGAUUCCGAGUCAGAUUCCCAAGUCAGAUUCCCAAGUCUUAUUCCCAAGUCAUAAUCUUGAGUCAGAUCCCCAGGUCAGAUUCCCAGAUCAGAUUCCCAUGUUACAUUCCCAGGUCAGAUUCCUAGGUCAGAUUCCCAGGUCAGAUCCCAAGGUUAGAUUCCAAGUCAGAUUCCAGUCAGAUUCCCAAGGCAGAUCUCCAGGUCAGAUUCCCAAGUCAUAAUCUCGAGUCAGAUCCCCAGGUCAGAUUCCCAGGUCAGAUUCGCAUGUCACAUUCCCAGGUCAGAUUCCCAGGUCAGAUUCCCAGGUCAGAUUCGAAGUCACAUUCCAGUCUGAUUCCCAAGUCCUAUUCCCAUGUCAGAUCCCCAAGUCAUAAUCUCGAGUCAGAUCCCCAAGUCAGAUUCCCAGGUCAGAUUCCCAUGUCAGAUUCCCAAGUCAGAUUCCCAAUUCUUAUUCCCAAGUCAUAAUCUCGUGUCAGAUCCCCAGGUCAGAUUCCCAUGUCACAUUCCCAGGUCAGAGUCCCAGGUCAGAUUCCCAGGUCAGAUUCCCACGUCAGAUUCCAAGUCAGAUUCCAGUCAGAUUCCCAAGUCUUUUUCCCUAGUCAGACUCCCCAGGUCAGUUUCCCAGGUAAGAUUCCCAUGUCACAUUCCCAGGUCAGAUUCCCAGGUCAGAUUCCCAGGUCAGAUUUGUAGUCAGAUUCCAGUCUGAUUCCCAAGUCCUAUUCCCAAGUCAGAUCCCCAAGUCAUAAUUUCGAGUCAGAUCACCAGGUCAGAUUCCCAGGUCCGAUUCCCAUGUCACAUUUGCAGGUCAGAUUCCCAGGUUAGAUUCCAGUCAGAUUCCCAAGUCAGAUUCCCAAAUCAGAGUCCCA